CCCCGAGGCGGUCGUCCCCGUCGUCCCCGUUGGCUUUCGUCGUGUAGUCACGUGCAUCAAACGAUCUAUUAAUCACGUGCAUGUAAUUUAACCAUAUUUAUUUUUAUCCACAACUAGCAACAAUUUAUUGUUUCGCUCGUCGUCGUUUUGGCGGAUUGCUCUUCCGGCAUUUGGGCGCGCCUCAUCCGGUUUCUGGACGACGAUUUUGUGGGACGUUUCCGGUCUUUCUCCUCCGUCAUCUCAUGCUGAAAAGCCAACGAUGGACUUGAAUGUGGACGUGCUGGAUGUGUCGCGGUCACGCGAGUUCUUUGCCUCGCAUGCCUCUGUGCAAAAGGAGGGGACAAAGUACAUGACGCUUGCAGACUUUUGUCAGGCUGUCACUCCUUCAGCGGAGGCAAAGGAGGUCCAAAAGGACGGAUGCAACGUUCUUUUUCGCGUAGCGGACCGGCAGGGACGGGGAAUGCUCACGGUAGAUGAUUUCAUUCACUUUGAGGCUAUGCUCAGUCGUCCAGACGCGGAAUUCGAAAUUGCGUUUCGUCUUUUUGACGAGGACGCGGACGGCAUCAUUACCCUCGACCAAUUCAAGCAUAUCAUUUCAUCAAGUCAAACUGCAUCAGAAGCCGUACCCUUUGACUUCAACAGCGAUUGGUUAACUCUAUUUGUCGGAAAGAACGGGAAGAAGGACAUUUCCUAUGAAGAGUUUGCGCAGCUGGUCAAGGGGUUCCAGGCAGAACGAUUAAAGCAGGAAUUCAAGUACUUUGAUCCAAAGGGCACAGGAACGAUCAACCCCGACGCAUUCAAAAAGAUCAUGCUUCAUGUCGCAAAACACAAGUUGAAUCCAUUUGUCGUCGAAAACCUUCCCAGUAUCGUUCAGCUUUAUCCUGGGGACAACAUUUCCUUUGCCAAUGUCAGAGCUUGUUACAAUGUCAUCCGCCAAAUGGACAUGGUUGAACGCAUUGCCCGGAAAGCUGCCACUAGGACCCAAGACCAUGCCCUUUCGAAAGCGGAUUUCCAAGCCGCUGCCGCUCAGAUGAUGCGUUUCAACGUUCUCACACCCAUGGAAGUCGACAUCUUGUUUCACCUGGCGUCGCGGGAUUUUGACAGUCAGACCAGCCGACUUCCCAUUGGGGCGUUCGAACGGUUAUUUGAUCCUUCAUGGUCAAAAGCCAAAGGUAUCAGUUAUGAUAGUCCUACCCUUACCGCGACCACGGCGGAUGUGACAGAGUUGACCAACCAAGUCGUAUCCCUGUCGGCGGCAAUGGAGGCCCUCAAGGGCAUUUACAACUUCACCUUGGGUGCCAUUGCCGGAGCAGUGGGUGCAACCGUCGUAUAUCCAAUUGAUCUUGUCAAGACGCGGAUGCAGAACCAGCGCUCCAAAAUAGUUGGUCAGUUGCUGUACAAGAACAGCUGGGAUUGUUUCAAAAAGGUCGUUAAAAAUGAGGGCGUAUUGGGACUCUAUUCUGGACUUUUGCCGCAGCUUGUUGGAGUCGCACCGGAGAAGGCAAUCAAACUGACGGUCAAUGAUUUUGUGAGGUCCCGAAUCAAGGAUCGCAAGACUGGGUAUAUACCGGUUUGGGGCGAGAUUCUUGCUGGGUGUGCCGCAGGUGGAAGUCAGGUCCUCUUUACGAAUCCAUUAGAGAUUGUCAAAAUUCGCCUGCAGGUCCAGGGCGAAGCCGCCAAAACAGCUCUUAACUCCGCCCCAAAACACACGGCCAUCCACAUUGUCCGUCAACUCGGACUUUUAGGACUUUACCGGGGCGUGGGGGCCUGUCUCUUGCGAGAUAUCCCCUUUUCCGGUAUUUAUUUCCCUACGUACGCACACCUCAAGAAGAACUUGUUCAAUGAAGGCAAGGACGGCAAAAAGUUGAAUGCCCUUGAGCUGUUGACGGCGGGUGCGAUUGCGGGUAUGCCAGCCGCUUACCUCGUCACUCCAGCGGACGUUAUCAAAACCCGCCUACAAGUUGCAGCACGAAAAGGCGAGACCACUUACACUGGCAUCAACGACGCCUUUGUCAAAAUCCUCCGGGAGGAAGGUCCACGCGCCUUUUUCAAAGGGGGUUUGGCCCGUGUCUUGCGUUCUUCACCCCAGUUUGGUGUCACACUCGCUUGUUACGAGUUUCUGCAUCGGGUUUUACCUGUUGAUUUUGGAGAGACUCCUUCCUUUACUCCUAUUGCUCAGCCAAAUGUGGGGAUGGUGGCACCUGAUGUUGGACGACGAAAUGCGCUGAGGGUGUUGAAUGAUUUGAGUCCGGACUUGGUGGGGAUGGUAAAACGGUAGAUAGAGUACUGGAUAUGACGCGUAUUUUUUAUUUUUAUUACGAGUAUAGAGGAACGGAUGGAAUAGACCGGGGUUUCUACACGCA